GGCGCUCAAUAUGAGCUGAAGGACAGCCCUGGGGUGCAGCACACAGCCACGGCCUCCGCGUUCCCGCACCCGCACCCCGCCUUCUACCCCUACGGCCAGUACCAGUUCGGGGACCCGUCCCGUCCCAAGAACGCCACCCGCGAAAGCACGAGCACGCUCAAGGCCUGGCUCAACGAGCACCGCAAAAACCCGUACCCCACCAAGGGCGAGAAGAUCAUGCUGGCCAUCAUCACCAAGAUGACCCUCACCCAGGUGUCCACCUGGUUCGCCAACGCGCGCCGGCGCCUCAAGAAGGAAAAUAAAAUGACAUGGGCACCCCGUAGUCGCACGGACGAGGAGGGCAAUGCUUAUGGGAGCGAGCGGGAGGAGGAAGACGAAGAGGAAGAUGAGGAAGAGGGCAAACGCGAGCUGGAGAUGGAGGAGGAGGAGCUCGCAGGGGAGGAGGAGGACACGGGGGGCGAGGGCCUGGCCGACGACGACGAGGAUGAGGAGAUCGAUUUGGAAAACUUAGACAGCGCUGCAGCCGGGCCGGACCUGGCCCUGACUGGGGCAGCGCACAGGAACGGCGACUUCGGCCUAGGACCCAUUUCGGACUGCAAAAAUAGUGACUCUGACGACAGCUCUGAAGGCUUGGAGGAGCGACCACUGUCUGUCCUAAGUCUGGCCCCACCCGCGGCUGCCGCUGCAGCAGCGGCGGCACACAGACUCGUCUCGGCGCCGCUUGGCAAAUUCCCCGCUUGGACCAACCGGCCUUUCCCAGGCCCGCCGCCCGGCCCGCGGCCGCACCCGCUGUCCAUGUUGGGCUCGGCCCCACAGCACCUGCUGGGACUUCCCGGAGCCACGGGUCACCCGGCGGCUGCGGCCGCCGCCCCUGCCGCCUAUGCUCGGCCUACGGAGCCGGAGAGUGGAACAGAUCGCUGUAGUGCCUUGGAAAUGGAGAAAAAGUUACUCAAGACAGCUUUCCAGCCCGUGCCAAGGCGGCCCCAGAACCACUUGGAUGCUGCUCUGGUCUUAUCAGCUCUCUCCUCAUCUUAGUUCUUUCAUCAAUUUUUAAAUCGUUGUACUAAUUGUAAAAAAAAAAACACAAAUCGCUCUGUAUAGUUAUGACUUGCAAGCAUGUCUGUGUAUGAAUACCUAAAAAAGAAACACUAAACCAACAAACAAACAAAAAGAACAAAAGAAAGAAUAAAGCCAGCCCCCCCCUUGGCCCUCCCCAAGUCGCUUCUGUACUGCCCCACAUUAGAUUGUGAGGCUUGUUUGUUCUGUUGAUUUCGGGGGUGGCGGGGUGGAGUUGCAGAGAGAAUAAGCGUGUCUGACUCUUUUUGUAUAUACAGAAAAUGUACAUAUGUGUGAACCAAAUUGUACAAGAAAGUAUCUAUUUUUGGCUAAAUAAAAGAGCUGUUGCCACUUUUGACUAUAACCGGCGGGUCCGCCACCUGAACAGA